GGCUGUACUACGUACCGAACCAAACCGAACAGACUUGAGUUUUUAGUAGAAGAAAAUUUAUAAAGUGAACAAACAGCAGGCCAGUACUGAACGUUGGUGCAAGAUACAGAAGAUUCGGUGGAGGUGCAAUUAAAAGGCAAAUUACGCGACAUUUUCGUACGGCAAUAAUUGACAUUACUCAUUGAGAGCUUAAAAGUUGUCCCCCGAGCAAAACCCAUCAAAAACCAAAUACAAAUAUGAGUGCAGCAGGAGAUCGCCCGAAGCGUCCCCUGUCCGCCUACAUGCUAUGGCUGAACGAGACGCGUGAAUCCAUCAAGAAGGAGAAUCCCGGCAGCAAGGUUACAGACAUCGCCAAGCGCGGUGGUGAGCUCUGGCGCGGACUGAAGGACAAGACGGAAUGGGAGCAGAAGGCCAUCAAAAUGAAGGAGGAGUACAAUCGGGCGGUGAAGGAGUACGAGGCCAAUGGCGGCACUGAUUCCGGUGCGCCCAAGAAGCGAAAGAAGAUGCCCGUCAAGCCCGUCAAGAAGAUCAAGAAGAAGGAGUCCUCCGAGGAGGAUGAGGAGGACGAGAGCGAGUAGGAGGGAUGCGAAACGGCAGCUUUUUGCAUAAGUUUUAAAAUACAUUUUAUUAAUGUAAUUUUUUAAGUGACAUAAAAAAACAAAACAUAAAAAAAGAAACCAAGUAAAAAAAAACUCUAAAAAUAUGAAAAAACCACAAAAAAAAUUAAGUCCUUACAUCUUUAAAUAUGCACUAGAAACCAUACAAAACACCCACAUCCACACACACAGAAACACAGCAUAAACCAUAAAAAAUAAGUUAAAGUGAAGAAACGAUGAUAAAACACAAUUUCCACUCGGAGAACUAGCAAAUGUUUUAUAUAUUCUAGGUUUGUACGUAUCGAUGUAUGUACCUAUAUGUAUGUAAUUCUUCAUCAAGAACCCCACAUCCACACAACCACACAGCCACAGUCUCCCACGCCAGAGGAUCUUUGGGGGAUACCCCGUACCCCCCUACCAUUUGGCCACUUUCGAUUGCAUCAAAGUUAUUUGAAUUUCGAAUCCAUAGAUUCGAAGGCAAAAAAGUUAUAUAUACAUAUAUAUAUGUAUACGUUUUAAAAUGCCUACAUGAGUAUAUAUUUAAAUAUAUGCCUAUAUAUGUAUGUAUUGUGUAAUUUAAAAGAGAAAACAAACAAAACAAAAACAACAAAAAUAUUACAAUUAUGUAAUUGUAAAUGUAGAGCUGAAUGGAAUAUUAUUUCAACAAAAAAAAUAUAUAUAAAGAAAUUGUAAAAAAAAAUAA